AUGUCAACCAUCUUCCUAGGUGGUGACUCUUCAAAACCAAAGACAGCAAGUGCGGGCUAUGCUGCGCAAGUCGAUAUUAUGAACGAUAUCUGGGGUUUCUGUCCAACUUCGGCUCCAGUCCAAAAGUGCGGGUUGCCGGGGAGCUGUGUCGACAGCCAUGCCUGCUCCAAGGGAUGUGGUUUUACCGAUGACUCCUCGUUACCAACCAUUACUUGUUCCACAACCAAGCCAGCUGUCUCUACGACUUUCUCACCAAAACCAUCUUCCGCUUCCGAGCCCACAGCAUCUGCAUCCUCAACCUCAGGCUCCAACGGCGACAUCAACAGCAACAACGACAUCGACAUCAACAGCGGCAACACUAACAACACCAAUAACACCAACAGCAGCAACAGCAGCACAUUCAACAUCAACAACCCCAACACCAUCGGUGCCAUUAUCGGCGGAGUAGUAGGCUGUUUGGCGCUCAUAUGCAUCGCUAUCGUCCUAGUCAUCUGGCUGAGACGGAGAUAUCGCAAAGAAAAGAAGGAGUCCGAAUCAAAGUCAGGGCCAACAUCCAAGUCUUCAUCCUCCUCAUCCUCCUCAUCCUCCUCAUCCUCCUCCUCCUCCUCGUCCAACUCAUCAUUCCCCUUCUCGCCAAACCCCUCAAUCAAGGAAAUGAUAGAUCAAACAGGCGGUGAUUACACGAUACCUCUACCCAAGGACGGAGCAAAGGAAGUGGAGGCGUUACCUCCCAAGUACCCGAUCCCGGUAUAUGCGAAUGUGACGAGCAGAGAGGUGAAGUAUCCGCCAGUGUACCAAGUAGCAAAUACGGAGUACAGGGGUGGGUAUCAGAUGCCGUCUAGUGGGCCGAGGGAGCUACCGGGUGGGAGGUCGCCGAAGGAGUUGAAUAGCAGUAAUCGUUGGGUGCAGAAUAUGCCGCCGGUGGAGUUGCCGGCUGGAUCGGUAUACUGGAAGAGGUCACAUAGGGAGGGUGUGCCGUUCUGA